AUGGUGGCGCAUGAUGAGAUCGGCGGUCUCCUACCUAUUAAAAGGACCAUACGAGUCCUAGAUGUUAAUAAUCAGCCCUUCAGAGAACAAGAGGAACCAAGCAAUAAAAGAGUUCGACCUCUAGCUCGUGUCACAUCCCUUGCAAAUUUAAUCUCUCCUGUAAGAAAUGGAGCAGUCAGACGUUUUGGUCAAACGAUACAGUCAUUUACCCUUCGUGGUGACCAUAGAUCCCCAGCCUCUGCCCAGAAGUUCUCUAGCAGGUCAACAGUCCCCACACCUGCCAAAAGAAGAAGCAGUGUGCUAUGGUCUGAGAUGCUAGAUACCAGCAUGAAGGAGUCUUUGACCACUCGAGAGAUCAAACGUCAGGAGGCAAUAUAUGAAAUGUCCCGAGGUGAACAGGAUUUAAUUGAGGAUCUCAAACUUGCAAGAAAGGCCUACCACGACCCAAUGUUAAAGUUGUCCAUCAUGUCAGAAGAGGAACUUACACACAUAUUUGGUGAUUUGGACGCUUACAUACCUCUGCAUGAAGAUUUGUUGGCAAGAAUAGGAGAAGCAACCAAGCCUGAUGGGACAGUGGAACAGAUUGGUCACAUUCUUGUCAACUGGUUACCAGGCUUGAAUGCCUACAAAGGCUACUGUAGUAACCAGCUAGCAGCCAAAGCUCUUCUGGAUCAAAAGAAACAGGAUCCAAGAGUCCAAGACUUCCUCCAGCGAUGUCUGGAGUCUCCGUUCAGUAGAAAACUAGAUCUCUGGAGCUUCCUAGAUAUCCCUCGAAGUCGCCUAGUCAAAUACCCUUUACUGCUAAAAGAAAUUCUUAGACACACUCCAAAAGACCACCCUGAUGUUCAGCUUUUAGAGGAAGCUGUGUUGAUAAUACAAGGUGUUCUCUCUGAUAUUAACUUGAAGAAAGGUGAAUCUGAGUGCCAAUAUUAUAUUGACAAGCUGGAGUAUCUAGAUGAAAAGCAGAGGGACCCCCGAAUUGAAGCAAGUAAAGUGUUGCUGUGCCAUGGAGAACUGAAGAAUAAAAAUGGACAUAAACUUUACAUUUUCCUAUUUCAAGACAUCCUGGUUUUGACCCGGCCUGUGACACGAAAUGAGCGUCACUCUUACCAGGUGUACCGACAGCCAAUCCCAGUGCAGGAGCUGGUGCUGGAGGACCUGCAGGAUGGAGAUGUGCGCAUGGGAGGAUCCUUUCGAGGAGCUUUCAGCAACUCCGAUAAAGCUAAAAAUAUCUUUAGAGUUCGCUUCCAAGACCCCUCUCCAGGCCAGUCUCACACUCUCCAGGCCAAUGAUGUGUUCCAUAAGCAGCAGUGGUUCAAUUGUAUUCGAGCAGCCAUUGCCCCUUUCCAGCAGGCCGCCAGCCCCUCAGAGCCCCAUGGCUUGCCAGAGCUGCAUGAGGAGUGUGAAGAGAACUGCCCCUCUGCCGCAAACCUCGGAGCCCAGAGAAGGGCAUCCACGGUUUCCAGCAUUAUUCAGAUAGAAGUUGAUGAAAAUGCUUCAGAGUGUUGUCCCAGUGUACAGACAGCAGAAGACACCAAGAGCAUAAAAGCACACCGAACACAGCCUGGCUUCCGAAAAGCAAGAGACAAAGCCCAGUUAAGUGGCAAACGGAAGGAGACUUUGGUAUAAAGGAAGCUCUCUGUGUUCACUGGUGGAGAGACUGUUUAUUUAUAAAUGUGUACAGUUUUCUUUCUCUUGUAAUGUGAGCAUGGGAGGGAGAAUCAUAAGGUUACUUUAUGCCCAUUGUAACAUUUUUAUUGUUUUGGGUUCUUUUUCUUUUUUUAAAUGGCAGCUAAAUAUCUACAAAUUACUGUUCAAUUUUUUAAAGGUAUUUUCUCAGAUUAUUUAAAACAUAAGCCUGAAUUCUUAAUCAAAUGAAAUAUUUAUGAAAUAGGCUUUCUCCUAUUUCUGGAUUCGCCAUAACUUUCUAAUACCAGCCAAUUAUGAUCUUUACAGUAUUCAUCAAAACUUAGAAUUUUGCAAAUACUGAGUUUCUUUAAUAAACCUUGUAUGCAGAAUUUGAAUUUUAAAUUUGGCACCUAAUAUCUUUAUGGUAUUUAUGUU